GCGGCCCCUGUGGCGGCUCGGGGGCGCCAGGAGACCGGGAACGCCUCCGCGGCCCCUGCCAUGCCCGGCUCGCGCCCCAGGGCGGACUUUUCCUCAGCAGUUGAUGCAGACGGCUGAGGGGCGGCUGCGGGUCUCAGCUCAGUGAGGCGAGCUCCGGCCGGCCGGCCAGCUGAGGAGAGCUGCGGAAGGGCGCCUGCUCGCUCCCGGUCCGGUUCCCCUGCCACAGCCCGAGCGCGGCAUGUUCCCGCGGAGGCCGCCGGCCGCCGUGGCCGCUUGGCUGGCGGGCGCGGCGGCGGCGGCGGCGGCGGCGGCGGGGGCGCGGGCCGGGGGCCUGCCGGCGCUGCUGGCCAGCCAGUGCCGCUUCGUGACGGGGCUGCGUGUGCGGCGCGCGCAGCAGAUCGCGCAGCUCUACGGCCGCCUCUACUCGGAGAGCGCGCGCCGCGGCCUCCUCGGUCGCUUGUGGCGCCGGCUGCGUGGCCGCCCGGGCCCGGUGAGCAGCCUCAUGGCGGCCCUGGCCGGCGCCUUCGUGUGGGACGAGGAGCGGAUCCAGGAGGAGGAGCUGCAGAGAUCCAUUGACGAGAUGAAACGGUUGGAGGAAAUGUCAAGUGUGUUUCAGAGCUCUGGGGUUGAGCGACACUCCACAGAACCAAAAUCCCAAACAGAAGAGAGUGCAGAUUCAGGGGACAGAGAGCAGCCAUGGGAAAUGGUGAUGGAUAAGAAACACUUUAAGCUAUGGCGGCGCCCAAUUGCAGGCACCCCCCUUUACCAAUACAGAGUUUUUGGAACCUACACAGAUGUGACCCCGCGGCAGUUCUUUAAUGUUCAGCUGGACACAGAGUAUAGAAAAAAGUGGGAUGCACUGGUAAUCAAGCUGGAGGUGAUCGAGAGGGACGCAGUUAGUGGUUCUGAGGUUCUUCACUGGGUAACUCAUUUUCCCUAUCCAAUGUAUUCACGGGAUUAUGUUUAUGUUCGACGGUAUAGUGUGGAUCAGGAAAACAACGUGAUGGUAUUGGUGUCACGAGCUGUGGAGCAUCCUAGUGUACCCGAGUCUCCUGAAUUUGUGAGGGUCAGAUCAUACGAAUCCCAAAUGGUUAUCCGUCCCCACAAAUCAUUUGAUGAGAAUGGCUUUGACUACUUGUUGACAUACAGUGACAAUCCCCAGACUGUUUUUCCCCGCUACUGCGUUAGUUGGAUGGUGUCCAGUGGCAUGCCGGACUUCCUAGAGAAGCUGCACUUGGCCACUUUGAAAGCCAAGAACAUGGAGAUCAAAGUAAAGGACUACAUCUCAGCUAAGCCUCUGGACAUGGGCAGUGAAGCCAAGGCCACUACCCAGUCGUCCGAACGGAAGAAAGAGGGUAGCCAUGGCCCUGCCCAGAUCGAGUAUGCCUGAAGGGCUUUGGUAUGAGGAGGGACGGGCUGCUUCUGCUCCCCUUUCAGUCCUUUAUCCCUCUGCCAGUACAUGUGGGUGAGCCACGUGUAUUACAAGGCGUCUGCUGGAACUACCAGUGGGAUAAUUCAGUAACUGGUGUUUGACUUCAUUCAGAGCCCUGACUGGUCUUACUCAAAACACAGAGAAGAAGGCAUCCCUGGGGACGUUGUCAGAUCCUCAGGGCAAGCAUUUUGAAAUUCAGUAUUUCACUGAGUUAACCUGCAACAGACCUCUCACCUCAUGCCAGAAGGGGACGAUGUCCAUCUGCUUCCUCUGAGUUGUUUGCUGACAUUCCAUUUGCCACCAUCAGUUCUGCAGUGCUUUGGAGUCCCUUCAGUUCUGAAAGUCCAACUGGAAAGUGUAGCUGGCUGCUUGAUUCUUUCAGGGAGGGGGUUAUUGGGAGUGCUCUUGGUGUAAUGGUCUUUAGUAUUGAAUGAAUAUGAAAUACUA